AACACAGGGUGAGCAGAAGAGAUUAGACUGAAGGGGAGGUUUCAGCAAUGGCGACAGCCGGAUGUCUUAAAACCCUAGAUUUUAUCACCACUCCCAUUCACUUCCGGCGUUCAAUCUCAGCUCCGUUUCGUCUUCGCACAUCUGUCUUGCUUCAAUUCAAGAACAAAUUCAACUCACCUCUUUCUCAUCACUCAUCAUCCCCCCUUUGUUCCCUCUCUGAAAGUUCAACUACGGAAGGAGUGGUGAAUGGAAGCAAGGUGUCUGAUGGUAAACUUCUUCAAGUUGUUUUGGUUUCUCCUCAGAUUCCUGGAAACACUGGGUGCAUUGCUAGAAGUUGUGCAGCAUCAGGUGUUGGGUUGCACCUGGUUGAGCCACUGGGAUUUGAGGUUGAUGAUACAAAGCUAAAGCGAGCUGGACUGGAUUACUGGCCAUAUGUAGUUGUUAAAGUGCACAGUUCGUGGGCUGAUUUUCGUGACUAUUUCAAGCAACAGAGUGGUGAGAAAAGGCUGCUGGCAUUUACCAAAAGAGGGACAAACAUACAUUCUGAUUUUUCAUACAAGAGAGGAGACUGGCUCGUGUUCGGGUCAGAGACCAGUGGGCUACCACCCGAGGCUUUGCAUGACUGCAAAAACGAGCCACUUGGUGGUGGGACGCUUAAAAUUCCAAUGGUUGAAACUUAUGUAAGAUGUCUGAACUUGUCUGUUAGUGUUGGCAUUGGUUUGUAUGAAGCUUCAAGACAAUUAAACUAUGAGCAGUUGCAAGCCGAUAGUGAACCCUGUAAUGAUACUCCCCAGUUAUCUUUUGUGGAAGAUGUUUUUGCUUAAAUUCAUGAGAUUGAAGAUUUUAAAUUAUUCGGGAGUUUGUGAUGGGAGUAUGAUUUGUUUGUGUGUAUGUGUGAGAAAACACCGUGUGAGCCAAUGCAGGCGCUCCCGCCUACAUUGCUCAAAUUCGAAAUGGUUAUGAAGGAUCCUUACUGGAAGUUGGUUUUAGCAGUGUUGAGGAAAGAGCCAUCUGAUUAAAAAGUAAAAACAUCAAGAUCUCAAGCUAUGUCUUCAUCAACAUCAUCUGCACUAAAUUGAAGAGGAGCCCUAAUCUUCCUAAUCAAUUUGGAACAUAACUUGGAGGAGACAUGUAACAUCAUUUUGUGUAAACUCUUUUUAUAAUAAGUUUAACUUUGUUUA